AUGACGGGAUGGAGCGACGGAGGGAAGAAGAAAGCCAAGCUGCCCCCGAAGUAUGCCGCAUCCAGAUCGCGCAAAGUGGCGGCGGGCCAUACCGACGAACCACAAGCACUCGGCGCAUCUUCCAAGUCGACAAAGCCGUCCGACACCCGUCGUGUGCAGGUCAAGCCGAAACCGUUGUACCGCAGUUCAUCCGAGGGCAGCGGGCACCUGCGCAUCAAGCAAAAGGAGAAGGAGGCCAAGGAGAGAGCAAGCGACUACUCGGACGGAUCGUUCUUGGACGCCAUGUCGUCGUGGCUCAGUCGGUUCCUCGGGUUCCACACGACGCCGCACUCGAUGGACACGAUCCUGCCAUUUGUGUUUCUCGGAAACGACCACGCCGCCAGCGACCUGACCGGUCUCCGCAAAGCCGGCAUCACACACGUUUGCAACGUCGCGGCCCAGUGCGACAUCCACUUCCCCAACGACUUUCAUUACCUCCACCUCCGCCUCCUCGACAACCCGACGCAGCAACUCGCCAAGCACCUCCAGGCCGCGAGCGAGUUCAUCCAUCGCGCCAAGCACGCCGACGGACGCGUUCUCGUGCAUUGUGUGGCAGGUGUGUCCCGCUCCGCGUGCGUCGUGGUGGCGUACCUGCUCGAGCACUGCAUGAUGCCCCUCGUGCAGGCGUAUGCGUACGUCAAACGCAAGCGGCCCGUGAUGUGUCCGAGUACGGCGUUCCGCAUGCAGCUCGCCUUGUACGAGAUAGCCCUGUUCGAGUCGUCGUCAGUGCUGUCAUCGCACGACCCCGACUGGGACUUUUACGAACUCAACAUGUAUCGCCAAGCCAAGUUGGGCCGACGGCGGUAA